AUGAUCUUUUCCGGCAUCUUCUCUCUCGCUCUCCUCGGCACCUUGGCGGUGGCUUUACCAAGGGAUUCCGUGGCUCGCCAAAGCUUUGGCGAGGUUACGUUCUCACUCAUCAACGACCGAACCGGUGCUAACGCUCCCGCUACGGUUCCAGUCGACUCAAACAAAAGAUGGUUCAUAAAUCUUUUCGCCGGUAGUCCCCUUGUAUCGGAUACUCGGAUCUUAGGUUCAUCCGUGCAACUCGUUGCUUUCCCUCAGCAAUUCAGAUGUGAAAUCUACACCCUAGAUUUGGAGCUUGCUGGAGUUCUCACUGAGAUCAUCACAUAUAUUGAUCUAAACAACCCGACUGACCCUGGUCCCGUCGAUGUGACGGGCUAUACCAUCACUUGUUACGUCGUUUCAAAUAGGGAAGAACCAUGA